AUGGAUGUCGUAGUGAAGGAUGUGUAUGGGUCGUGGUGUUUGGUUUUGGGAGGAGAUGGUGGUGUGGUAGGUUAUUGUUGGGAUAUUUUGGCAAGAGUGCCGGUUGAACAAGUUGAUGUGGUGGGUGCCAUGGGUGUUGGUCGGGUGAAGGAGGAGAAGGGAGUUGUGUGGCACAAGAUUGAAAAGAAAGUGCCAAAGCAAUCGGGCAGAAAAGAAAUGGUUUUGGACCUUGCAAAGUUUGGGGACAAAGGCGUUCAAGUUAAGCUUACUAGUGGAAGACAAGUGACAGGGACUCUCAAAGGGUAUGAUCAGUUGCUUAACCUUAUCCUAGAUGAAGUUGUAGAUUUUUUAAAAGAUCCUGAUGAUCCUCUCAAAACUACCGACCAGACCAGAAAUCUUGGCUUAAUUGUAAGUUCUCCUCUUCAACAUCAAAUGAGUGCCAAGAUUGCACCUUCUGGCUCAUAA